UUUUUUGCUUCUUUUUUUUUUUUUCUUUCCUUCCUUACCGUUACAGAAUCGAAAUUUGAACAGUAACGAUAAUUCAAAUUAUCACCUUCAUCAUCAACAACUAACGAACUAUAACCACUAUAUCAAAUAUUACAGCAAACAAUCAUGCCAGAAUUUAUCGGUGCACUUGAUCAAGGAACAACAUCAACAAGAUUUGUUAUUUUUGAUAAAACUGGAACAGUGAUCACUUAUCAUCAAGUGGAAUUUGAACAACAUUAUCCUCAUCCGGGGUAAGUUUAAGGAGGGGAGGAAGAUUGUGCAACAAAUAAUAUGAUUGAAAUCAACGCAAAGAUUUUUCACACGCAAACAAUUAUGUAUAGAUGGGUUGAACAUGAUCCUUAUGAAUUGUUAGAUUCAUGUCAAGCUUGUAUUGAACAUGCUGUUGCAAACUUUGUCAAAUUAGGAUAUCAAACCAACGACAUCAAGGGGAUUGGCAUAACAAAUCAACGUGAAACAACUAUUGCAUGGGACAAACAAACAGGUGAACCAUUGUAUCCUGCCAUUGUUUGGUCGGAUGGACGUACACAACAAACGGUCGAACAAUUAGAAAAGACAUCAUCAUUAGGUCGGGAUGCAUUGCGGUCAAUUUGCGGUUUGCCACUUGCUAGUUACUUUUCUGGCGUCAAAUUACGUUGGAUGCUCGAUCAUGUACCGGCCGUCAUGCAAGCAAAGGAAAAUCAUCGGCUAGUUUUUAGUACUGUCGAUUCUUGGUUGAUUUAUCACCUUACAGGUGGUUUAGAUCAUGAUGGUAUCUUGGUCACUGAUGUCACUAAUGCUAGUCGAACAAUGUUAAUGGAUAUUCAUUCUUUGAAAUGGAGCGAAGAAGCAAUCAAAUUCUUCGGAUUCGAGGGCAUCCAAUUACCGAAAAUUAUGCCAUCUUCAUGCAUUUAUGGGCAUCUAUAUAAGGGCGUGUUGUCAGGUACGGCGAUUGCAGGAUGCCUUGGCGAUCAACAGGCAGCACUUGUGGGGCAAAAAUGUUUUCAAAAAGGGACAGCGAAGAACACGUAUGGCACUGGAUGUUUUAUGCUGUUCAAUCUGGGCACUUCAGCAGUGAUGUCUAACAAUGGCUUACUGACGACGAUUGCGUAUCAGCUAGGGGCAGAUCAACCUGUGAUAUAUGCGUUAGAAGGAUCAGUGGCAGUGGGAGGAUCAUCGAUCCAAUGGUUACGGGACAAUCUAGGCCUGGUGGCUGAUCAUCAUGAGUUGAAUCAAUUGGCACAAUCCGUGGAGGAUACGGGUGGAGUGUACUUUGUCACUGCGUUCAGUGGGUUGUUGGCGCCAUACUGGCAAGUCGGUGCGAGGGGUACAAUUUGUGGAUUGACACAAUAUACCACACGGGCACAUAUUGCACGUGCCGCCUUAGAAGCUGCUUGCUAUCAGACCAAAGCUGUGUUGGAUUGCAUGAAUAAUGAUAGUGGCACGUCCUUGGUAGCACUUAAAGUCGAUGGUGGAUUGUCCAACUCUGAUGUAUGUAUGCAAAUCCAAGCCAAUCUAUUGAAUGGUGUAAAGGUGAUGAGACCCAAGAUGAGAGAAACAACUGCCUUGGGUUCAGCCAUCGCUGCUGGAUUGGCCUUAGGCGUUUGGAAGGAUGUAGAUGAUUUAGCCAAUGUGAACAUCAAGGAUGAGUCUGUCUUUACCUCGCAAAUAUCACCAGAAACAACACAAAAGCUUUAUCAGGGUUGGAAAAAGGCUGUGUCACGAUCAUUAAACUGGGUGGAAUGUCAAGAUUGAGAUUGCAUUUAUUUCAAUAUCUUAAAAAAAAAAAAAAUAAAGUGAUAACCGGGAUUUGAACAAACUUGAUAAACUAUAUAAAUUGGGAACAAUUUUUUUUUUUU